UAGACUGAAAUCAAGGAGGUUGUUGUUGUUGUUAUUGCUGUGAAAAAGACCCUAUCAACUCUUUCACUCCCUAAUUUUUCUUCUUUUUCUUCUCUUUUCCCCCCAACAUGGAUUAUUUCUCGAAAUUCAGAAAACGUAUCAUCCCACCCAAAGUGCAACUGACGACCGCUAUGCAAUUAGCAAGGUUCCAUAAAUGUUGGGACUAUGUGCACAAUAUCUUUAUAGCGGAGGAUCGAAAAAGUAAUUUACACGUCAAGCAAACUGAAAUACCCGAACGAUUACGGCAGAUGGUCGAUAUGCUGGUAGACGAAGAAGCGCGACAAGAAGAUAACACCACAGGCGUAUGUAUGGAAUAUUUCCUCAAAAAUGGCAUACUUCAGUAUUUGGUCAACGUAUCUGAAAAGAUGGAUUAUCCUGAAGGUAUACGAGGUGAAGGGAUUCGAACCAUUGCCUCCAUGGUUGAUUUGUUGGAUGAUCGCUUCUUGGUUCAUAAUGCGGUUCAUAAACCAACCAUUAAACUCCUGAGAUUUUGUGUGUUAGAUGAACGACAAAGCGAAUUGGAUCAUGAGGAUUUGGUAGAUCUCAUGUAUAUCAUUUGUUCCAAGAUCCAUGGAUUUCCAGCCCUAUUAAAUAUUUUUUUUCACGAUAAGCAGUGGUUAACUACACCCCAAAGAACAUUACAAGCGACUGUAACUGCAGCAACAGGAGCAACAACACAGUCCUCAUCAGAUGCACCGCCAACAACACCACUACCAACCUCAUCAUCAGCAUCAGCAGCAGCAGCAGCUCAAACUCCACCACCUGAAUAUGAGUUUCUAUUAUUUACAUACUUGUUGCGUUUUGUGCAUAGAGAAGGUCGAUCAGGUGAUUUUGCUAGAACGGGCUUAUUGUUUUUGAUGGAAAUGGCCACCCAUCAAUUAGGUGACUUUAUUCUCGAGUCUGAUUUUGCCACUAUUAUGGCUGCAGGUUUAGGUGCUUUGUAUUCACAACUGCCACGUAAACUCAUUAUUAAGGACACAGCAGAGAUUCAUAGUAGCCCAGCUUCGUUUUUGCUUGGACAGGACUUGGACCCACGUGCGUUUCCUACCGAGGAAGUAGGAAUAGAGCAAUCUAACUCGGAUCAAUUCAAGUAUCAAUUAGAUUCGUUCCUGAAACUAUUGGAAUUCUGCCAGGAUAUUCUGACGCGAUGUCCCAAUGAUGCCAUCUCAGACCGCUUAUUACAAUGUGUACGCAUGAUCUUUUUAGAAAAUAUACUCUAUCCUUCCAUUCUCGAGUGUUCCGAUAUGGAUGGCUCUUCCGUGGCCGUAUUAAGUUACAUUGAUUUAAUCCUGCAGACCGUGCAUCAACAAGAUUUAGCCGAUGUCAUGGUAGGUUUUUUAAUGGAUGACGAAGAUCAAGACACGAAACCCGUUUCACCUUCUUCCGCCACCACCAAUAUCUUUGCCGGCGUCGAAUUCGAUCGCUUCAAAAGCUCGCCUUAUUUUACCGCUGAACGUUUCACACUCAAGGAUCUCAUUUUUAGUAGACUUAAAUCGAGUUCUCAACCAACCGUCAUUGCAACAUUAAAGCUCUUAAAGACUUUAAUCGUCAAACAUUGUCGCUUUGCAAAUCGUCUAUUAUCCACAACACCAGAUACACAACAAGAAUCAAGAGUUAUCUCUCACCAUAUUCGUGAGAUCGAACUUUAUUUUGCCCUCGUGUCAGCUAUUGAUCGAGUGCAUGUGGAUGAUAUCUUGACACUGGGCUAUGAAGACUAUCUCAAAGAUAUCGAAGCCAUGAUGGCCCACGAUGCAUGUUUCCAACAAGCAACCACCACCACCACCACAUCAACAAAGAGGAGUGAAAAAAGACGCAGCUUCAAGUACGGACAACGACUUGAUUUUAAUGAAAAGGAACAAAACAAGCACGCACAUACAAAGAGACCGAUGCAAAGACAUCGAAUUCGACCUACCGAUACUUUAAUUCAAAUUUUGUUGGGCCUACUUAGUCAUUUUUUUGCCCAGUCGUCCGAAUUAAAUUUAGCCUUGACCGGUGUGAUUUCUGCAUUAGCCAUGUGUCCCUAUCGUAGUUUGGAAGGAUGGAUUUCAUUUUGUGAGACGGAUCGUACGCAUGCCGAUGAUGUUUUGCAUUUAACAGAUACACCUCCACCCGUCGUCAUUGACGGUAUUCGAAGUGACGAGAUUUAUGCACUGAAUGCCAUCGAAGAACAACAAGAAAACUGCGAUGACGAUGAUCAAUCGGUGGAUUUUGGUGCGGAGCGUAAUUCUGUGCGUAUGACUCGACCUACCCAGUUUAAAUCAUUUCCUCCCUUCUAUACCUUGUUUCGAACUUUGACGCAACAAAUCGAUUAUUAUCGGUCGGAAGUUGAUGGGUUUGAUCGCUUAUUAGAUGAACGUUGGAACGGAUUAUUAUUUGGAGAGGGCAAUUUACCUCCUUUAGGGACACCAUCCUUGUCUAGUUCAACAAAACGUGGAGACCCUUCAGGUUUAGAGAAUUCGCCCAAGUUGUACACAACACAACGACGUAAUUCUGUUUUAAAAGCCUCGGCUUCCGCUUCUACUAUCAAUAUGGCAGCACCCAAUCCAUCCAAAUCACUCUCAUCUUCCACUACUGCUGCAGCAAUGGCGGUGAAUGGAGGUGGAGGAGGGGCCAUGACAGCAUCUACCUCAAGUAACACAAGUACACCCGUAACAAGUAGUACAAGUAGCACAACUUCCACACCAGCAGGAAUAAAUCCACUUUCGCCAUUAGCGAUACAUGCCAAAAAGACACGACUUGUACGAAUUCAACCACUUUUCCCUUCAAAUUUUGAAAUCGAGCGUGAUGAACCUAUAUUAAACUUGGAUCAGGAAGAUGAAGAUAUGUUUACGCCUCGACCCAAUUGUAAUCCCUCACAGCGUAAAAAGAUGGAUAAAACCACAGAAAUCUCGUUAAGCAUGUUGUUGAAUAAUGUGGUUAUUUUGGAAGAAACCAUUAAAGAGUUGGUAGCAAUCAUGCAGGUGAGACGAAGUUUAGGCAUUGAUAAAAUACGGUAUACAUAAAUAAAAGAUAUGUUGGCCACCAAAGUAUAUUCAGUGUGCAGUAUAAAAAA